ACCAACUAAUAAUUAAAUCUAUCGCUACAGUAUAUUCCCAAUUAUACUAAACCUAAUCUAAACUAUAAGAGAAGCAGAGGCAGGGCAGUGUGAACGGAAGAGAGGAGGAGAAGAAGAAGAAGAAUACAAAACAAGAUCACGAGACAGUACAUGCCAAAGGAAAACAACGCCUCCGUCACUCACCCAACCUACCUCUGUAGCUGCUCGGCUGCUCUCUCUCUCUCUCUCUCUUCACUCUGUCGUCUCUGAAUCCGUCUUCCCUCGCUUCUGCUAAACUUUUCCUAUAAAAUUCAGAGCCUGUGGCUUAAUUUUCUUGUUCCUCGGGAAAAUCAAGCUAUCUGCAAAAACUCCCUCCCUAGCUCCCUGCCCAGAUCAGAUCUCCUGAUCUACUCCCCAAAAAACCCAGCAGAGAUCGAUCGAGAUAUGGCAGCUUCUUCGGGAAUAUUACUAAGAAACCACCAUCGCUACUCUUCCAUCAAUCUAGUAUCUUGGCCCUUUUUGCUCAUGCUUCUACUCUUCUCCGUCGUCUUUUCCUGUUUUAGCAUCACCGCCGUCGACGGCCUCAACGUCGGCGUCCAGGCCAUCGACCGCCCCGGCGUCGUUCUGAGUAAGGACUGCAGCAGAAAGUGCGAGUCGGAGUUCUGCUCCGUGCCGCCGUUUUUGAAGUACGGCAAGUACUGCGGGCUGCUGUACAGCGGUUGCCCGGGGGAGCGGCCCUGCGACGGCCUCGACUCCUGUUGCAUGAACCACGACCUCUGCGUCCAGUCCAAGAACAAUGACUAUCUGAGUGAGGAAUGCAGCGAGAACUUGAUCAACUGCAUGAAGAACUUCAUCAAAUCAGGAGCACAUAGCUUCAAAGGCAGCACCUGCCAGGCCACCGACGUCAUCGACGUCAUCUCUGUAGUCAUGGAUGCUGCCUUGCUUGCUGGUAGAUACUUGCACAGGCCCUGAUUAUAAGAAACAAACAACUGUUAUAAUGAGCUUUGCUUUCCCCCUGUACUUCCCUUUUUGCUUAGUUUCUUCCUCUACAACCAUUGUAUAGAUCUGUUAUAGUUACUGCUGCAACUCUUUUUCCACUCAUUCAGUUUCUUCCUAUCAUGGUGUUCGAAAAACUCCUACAAUGAUUCUCAGCUCGGACGCUAAGGUAAACUCCGACCACCAUGAUCACCAACUCAAUCAUGGUGGCAGGUGAGGUAAGGCAAAUAGUAUGGCUUGUAACCCACCAGAAGUAGCAUUCUACUAUUCUCCACAACAGAGACAAUGAAAGAGUUUGGACAAGGAACCGGAAAAUGCCCUACUGAAGAAAGGAAAAAAUACCCUUAUAUCAAGUUCAUGGCCUGAAUUCGCCAUUCCACUUGAACCUCGAUGAAAUAAAUCAAUGGUAUCAACACAGUUCAUCAUAUCUUAAAAGCUCAGACAAGAUCAAACUAUUCAGACAACAAAAAUGAAACCUGAGCAGACUUUGUCAACUAUGAUCGGGGAGCGAGAGAGAGGGGUUUAACUUCUUCGUUUCUUCAGGUGUCUGACGGUAGGAGGGACACCUCUUCUUGCCUUCACACCAAUCUUCAGGGACUUGGCUCUCUUUCUGGCAUUGUUAGCUGCAGAGGGCAUUUCCCUGAUAGGACCAGGAGGUAUACCUUUCUUGAGGGCACUCCCUCUAGGGGUGGACGAGGGCGGUAUUCUCAAGCUCUCUGGAGGCAGAGGGUUGUGUGGCUUCCACACCAAGUUGUUCUUCAUGGCAAACCUUACCUUCUUCACGCUUUUGUCUUCGCUCUUGGCAGCAGCAUCCCCUUGAUCUUUAUCAUCUGCAUUUCCAGACUGCUUCACAUCUUUAGUCUUAGUUCUCUUCUUCCUCUUCUUGGUUAGUAGGCCAUUUCCUUUCACUUCCACGAGCUCGAGCGAGCUUCCAACACCAUCGUCUAUACUGACUUCAGCUGCGACUCCCUCAAACUGCUUUUGGAGGUUUGCUAUGACAGCAUCGUCAAAAGUAAUCGCAUUGCUCUCCAGACCAUUGCACUUUUCGUCACUGGAAACAUUAUCACCAUUUGCUACUUUCUCACCGCCAUCUUCCUGCUUCUCCCUCUUGUUCUUCUUGUUCUUCCUCUUCUUCUUAUCAUCUUUCCCGUCAUUGUCAUACGAAUCCUUACUCCUCUUUUUGCUCUUCUUCGAUUCUUUCUUGCCAAUGCCUCCAUUUUGACCUUCCACUUCUUUCAUCUGAGUGUCAAUGGGCACCAAAGUCGGCACUUCAUCGUCAUCAUUAUCUGUACCAUCAACAUUAACUUGAGGAAGAGAAAUUUCGAUCCAGGAAAGAGCCAAUGCCUUCUCUAACUUCAAAAACUCCUCGUGCAAACCAAAGAGCACUUUCCUGUUGCCUUGAGGACAUUCAGCAGAAGAACCCAACUCAUAAAACUUAGCAGAGAACCCCAUAGCUAAGGCAAUCGUACCAAGCAAGACCACAUCUUUGUUCUCACAAUCACCAUCCGGAUGAGAUUUCUUAAACUCCAGCAAUCCCCACCCCAUAUUCAAUAACUCGUCAAACACAUUGCCCUUGAUUUUCCCCAACAGCACCUUAUCAAUCACCUUCCCCAUCACCGAACCGAAAGGCGUCAAGAGCGCUUCAACCACCGGCUUGCUCAGAGGCAGAAAGGGCUUGAGCUCGUCGAGGAAACAAGACGCGACAUGAUAGUUCACACCAUUUCCCCCUGGGAACUUAUCGUCAGCCAAGAAUGUCCUCUCCAAAACAAUACCCAUGAAACGAUUCGACAUCUCCAAAUCCCACGAAUUCCUCUUCAGGAGGAGGAAAACAGAGCGGAGAACCCUACGCAUCAAGAGGUAGAACUUGUCUAACCUGAGGAAAUCGAUGCCGGACCACUCGCGGCGCAUGGUGAGGAGGAAGACGGAGAAGUAGUGGGCGGAAAAGGGCAAAUCGAGGGCCGGAAUCAAAGAAGCAAGGCGGUCGAUGAGGUGGGCCUGGGCGGGGAGCUUGUCGGCGUGCCAGAGACAGUAGAAGAGUCCCUUCCAGAGCUUCUUCAUGUCUUCGUCGGGGAGACUGGACUGGGAAGGAAGCCACGCCGAGAGGAGGGCGCGCAAAGAUCUGCUGCGGGUCCUGUUGUCGGAGGCGGCCAGCUGCUUUAUGAGCGCCGGCCCUGCUCGAAGUUGGGUUUCCGUCAUUUUUUACGCAGCUGGGGUUCGAGUUCGCCGGAGAUUGAGAGGGGGGAAAGCUGGGAUUUCUAGGGGAGGAAGACGGCUACGGAAGAGAAUGCUCAGAAAUAAAAGUCCACUAGUUUGUAGCGGCGGGGAGGGCUGUGCAAUAUCAGCAGCAGCAAAGGUUAACAGGUUUGCUGGUUCAGGGUUUUAUGGUCCGUGACGGCGUGACCAAGAGACAGAGAGAAACCCUACGGGAGAGUUUCGGCCGGAUCUGACGAACAAUCUGAAGACGGGGAAAUUAUAAAAUGGAAGGCGAAAAAAGGAACAAGGAGCCGUAAGCCGUUGCCCGUUGGCUACCAACAUGCUUUGAUGCUUAACCUCCUACGCUCCUACGGUCCUACCAAACGCUGGAUGUAAAAGUGUACAUCCAACGGCAAAGGUCAUUUCGGCCAUCUUAUUCUUCUUUCUCUUGUCCAGUAAUGUCAUUUUAUUGGUCUGCGGGGACAU